AUGAGCAGCACGCAGGCGUUACACUCGCUGGCCUUCAGAGUAAUGCGGCUAUGCCGUCCAACGUUCCACGUUGAAACUCCUCUCCGAUUUGAUCCAUUCGAUCUCAUCGUGGGAGAGGAUAUGUUUGACACUCCCUCCGCCGUCCCUAGCCUCCUCCUCCACCCUCAUUCCGCCUCCAUGGAACCCUCACCUGCCGAUCUCACCUACCAUAAUCGGUUUCUCCUCCACGAUGAUUCCGAUGCCAUGGGCGUCCCUGGCCUCCUCGUCCUCCCUCAGUCCUUCGGGGCAAUAUAUCUUGGGGAGACAUUUUGUAGUUAUAUAAGUAUCAACAACAGCUCAAAUUUUGAAGUGAGGGAUAUAAUAAUCAAGUCAGAAAUACAAACAGAAAGGCAAAGGAUACUGCUUUUAGAUACAUCUAAAGCACCUGUUGAAAGCAUACGAGCAGGAGGACGUUAUGAUUUCAUUGUUGAACAUGAUGUGAAGGAGCUUGGUGCACACACACUGGUCUGCACUGCUCUGUAUUAUGAUGGUGAUGGCGAGCGCAAGUAUCUUCCACAGUAUUUCAAAUUCAUAGUUUCGAAUCCACUUUCUGUUAGGACAAAGGUCCGCGUUGUGAAGGAAACUACUUAUUUGGAGACUUGCCUAGAAAACAAUACAAAAUCAAACCUGUUUAUGGACCAAGUGGAAUUUGAUCCAGCUCCAUGGUGGAGUGCAACAUUACUUAAAGCUGAUGCUCACCAUUCACAGAAGGGUUGUUCGGCUAGAGAAAUAUUCAAGCCACCCAUUCUUCUUAGAGCAGGAGGAGGAAUUUACAACUAUCUCUAUGCAUUGAAAAUGUCAGCUGCACCAGCGAAAGUCGAAGUGAGUAAUGUCCUUGGUAAACUCCAGAUAACAUGGCGUACAAAUUUGGGGGAACCUGGGCGCUUGCAAACACAACAAAUAAUUGGCAAUUCCACCAUGCGAAAAGAGAUUGAUUUGAAAGCAGUGCAAGUGCCAUCUGCCAUCAUCUUAGAAAAGCCCUUUACGGUACACUUGAGCCUCACAAACCUGACUGGGAAGAAGCUCGGACCCUUCGAAGUUUUGUUAUCGCUGAGUGAUUCAAGAGAGGAAAAGGCUGUUAUGAUUAGUGGACUUCAAAGGAUGAAUUUACCAGUGGUCGAAGCAUUUGCAUCCCUGGAGUUUCAGAUGAAUCUAAUCUCCGCUAAACUUGGAGUGCAGAAAAUCACCGGCAUUACGGUGUUUGAUACAAUGGAGAAGAAAACUUAUGAUCCAUUGCCGGAUCUGGAGAUAUUCGUUGAAUCAGAUUUAUGA